UCUGAUGUAAACAUACAUCCGUCAUUCAAUGUGAUCAGGUCUAUCAUUCUCAACUUUCAUGCACAGAACGUUCUCCAUUCAUGAAACCCUAUUCCGUGACUUCGUUGCCUUCACGUCACACUUCACGCAACCUUAUCGAUGUGGAACACCCCAUAGCCCUAGGUGGCUUAUGAUCAGCGCUUGGCUGUAUCCAGUCGUUCUCUUGGUCUGCACGCGGCACAAUAUAAAAUGCCUCAAGGCGGACAUUAUAUUCUAUAGUUUAAGAUCGACUCUUCGUUCUAAUCUUGAAAUCCACAGGACUUACUCUGAGCAACGCUGUUAGCUGAUUUCUCUUUCCAAAGCAUAAGCAUACCACAGGGCCACGCAUUACCGUUGUUGAGCAAAUUCAGAGAUGGGAUGUUCUGGGAGUCGGCCGAAAGGGCCUAAUCCAUCACUCGAGGAAAUCAAAAGGCGCCGGGACGCAGAGGCAGCUGCUGAGCAAGCCCGAAAGGAUGCUGAGGCUGCGAGAGCACAGAUCGCCGAGCUCAUCAAGUCGAAUCAAGAAUCGCAGGAAAGGGCUAUGGCGGCUCAGCGGGCCGCUGAGCAAGCCGCGGCAGCCUCACAGAAUCAGGCCCGUAGGGAAAUGGAGGCGAUGGUCGAGGCCGAACGUGCUGCCAACGAAGCUCGCUUACUGGCAGAAGCCGCUGCUCGUACCGCCGGCGAAGAAGCAAAAUACAGAGCAGCGGAAGCAGAAGAGGAGCGUAAGCGAACUGCCGCUGUCCAAGAACAAGCCGAACGAGAUGCCCAGGCUGCCCAGGAGCAGUCCAAGAAACUACAGGAGGCUGCCGAUGAAGAGGAGAGGAGAGCAAUUGCCGCCCAGGAAGCGGCCAACGCGUCGAAGAAAGUGGCAGAAGAGCAAGUAAAGGCGGCCAAUGCUGCCAAGGAGGAGGCUGAACGCAAGUUGAAAGAAUUCAACCUGUGGUGACUCCUACACCUGAAGAAGUUAGCGCCGCCAAGCGGAAAGUUCAAUAUCGCGAAAAUCUUUUCCACUUCGCAGUAGCCGGGGUGGCAGG